AUGGUUAAUGUGGAAACUUCAUCUGCAGGAGGUAGAAAUAAAGAGGGGGAAAUUAGGGGGAAAAGGAAGAGAGACGUAGAUGUGGAGGCUACAUUUUCAGAGGUUGUGGCUUCUCGUGCCGAAGGUGUAGCUGAAGAUGGGGAAAAUAGAAAGAAAAGGAAGAGAGUCAAUGAUGGUAUUUCUGUUGAGGCUACAACUGGAACAGAUGGAAACAAGGUAUGGAGUGGAGCUGAUUCUUUGAAAAAAAUUGAGACCGAGAAGUCUGACUCUUCAAAUGAAAGGAAGAAGAAGAAGAAGAAAAGGAAGCAUAGCAGUCUUCAUGAACAACCUCCAAUGCAGGAAGACAUGGAUGAGAAGUUAGGUGAUCUGGGCGUUGUUGUAGGAGAUGGUAAUGUGGAUGGGCGAAAGGGAAGACAUGAGAAGAGUGUUGAGGAGGGAAUUGAGACUAAGAACUCAGAGCAGUCUAUUGACAGGAAGAAGGAGAAGAAGAAUAAAAAGAAGCACAGCAUGGAUGGACGAAAGGGUUCACAUGGUAAGAGUGUUGAGGAGGGAAUUGAGACUGAGAACUCGGAGAAGUCUAUUGACAGGAAGAAUGAGAAGAAGAAGAAGAAAAUGAAGAAGCAUAGCAUGGAUGAAGAGCCUGUAUUGCAGGAAGUCCUAGUUGGAAAUAAUCACGCUGGUGGAAAAGCCAUUAGACAAGCGAGGGAUUCGCUUUAUGAAACUGUGACUGAAAACUCUGAGGAUCCAAAUGACGGGAAGAAGGAGAAGAAGAAAAGGAAGCAAAGAAUUGUACCGGAGGCCGCAUCGCAGGAAACCCCAGCUGGAGAUAAUGAAGCUAACCCAAAGGAAGUUGAUAUAACUAAAACUAAAAACUCGGAGUCUUUGGAAGACAGGAAGAAGAAAAAGAAGCAAAAAGUUGAACCGGAGCCUGUCUCGCGAGAGGCUCAUGUGAGAAAUAUUGAAGCUAACACAAAAGAAGCUGACAAAGCUACUACUAAAAACUCCGAGUCUUCUGAAAGCAGGAAGAAGAAGGAGAAGAAGAAAAAGAAGAAUAAAAGCAUUGAUCAGGAACAGCCUGCAAGAACCAAGUCUGGGAGAAGUGGAAGUAAUAGAGUUGAAAAAGAUGCUUCUGACAGCUCCCCCCCAAAAUCCACAACUAAGAGAGUACGUUUUUCUGAAGUAGUGCAGGUGAUCCCCAUUUUUGACGAUGACGACUCUGUGAGAGGGAAGCCCUUCUCACCGGAGGAAGACGAGCUCAUCAAAGCUGCUGUGUUGGACUAUAUAAAUUCACAUGCUUUAGGCGAUGAAGGUGUCAACAUGGUUAUGAACUGCCGUAAGCACAAAGAAACCAAGAACUGCUGGAAUGAAAUAACGUCGGCUUUACCUCGGCGCCCUCGUAAGAGUGUAAUUUCCCGUGCGCACAUAAUCUUCGAAAGGAGCGAGGAGCGCAAAUGGACACCUGAGGAGUGCAAUUUCGUGUUGAGUUAUCAUGAAAAACACGGUCCGGAUUGGUCAUCAUGUGCCAAAGUCAUGGGGAAAAACAGGAUUCAUGUGAAGGACGCCUUUCGAAGGCUGAAUGUGAAAAAUCGAAAAUCCGGGCGUUGGACCCAGGACGAGUACCAGGGCCUGUUCGAUCUGGUGAACACCGACCUUCGCAUGAAGGUCCACGAGGAGAGGAAGUCGAAGCAUGGAAUGCUGAAAGAUAACAUCAGCUGGGCAGCGAUUAGCGAGAAGCUUGGUACGCGAGUUCAGGCUCAUUGUUCCAACAAGUGGUAUAAGCAGCUGGCUUCGCCCAUGGUUGCUGACGAUAAAUGGUGCGAUAUGGAUGACUACCAGCUGGUGAUGGAGCUCUACAACUUGGAUGCUUGUUGCAUGGAAGAUGUGGACUGGGACAACCUCUUGGAGCAUAGGUCGGGAGAGCUGUGUCGAAAGAGAUGGAAUCAAAUGGUGAAACACCUCGGGGACACUCGGGAUAAAUCAUUCGGUUAUCUGAUGGCGCCUGAGAGGCAUAGAAUAUUGAUGGUUUCUGAUUUUUUCUACCCCAACUUUGGUGGCGUGGAAAAUCACAUAUAUUAUCUCUCACAAUGCCUGCUAGAGCUUGGCCACAAGGUGGUAGUUAUGACCCAUGCUUAUGGUAAUCGCUCUGGUGUGAGAUACAUGACAGGAGGGCUGAAAGUUUAUUACGUACCAUGGCGGCCAUUUGUGAUGCAGAACACAUUGCCUACCUUUUAUGGAACCCUUCCAAUCGUAAGGACUAUUCUUAUCCGAGAACAGAUAUCGUUGGUUCAUGGGCACCAGGCUUUUUCAACUCUUUGCCACGAAGCUCUGAUGCAUGCACGUACGAUGGGUUACAAAGUUGUGUUUACUGAUCAUUCGCUUUAUGGGUUUUCGGAUGUUGGAAGCAUCCACAUGAACAAGGUGUUGCAGUUUACUUUAGCGGAUGUCACUCAAGCCAUCUGUGUUUCUCACACAAGCAAGGAAAACACGGUGCUUCGGUCAGGUAUUCCACCAGAAAAGGUCUAUAUGAUCCCAAAUGCUGUGGAUACUGCUAUGUUCAAGCCAGCAGAAGAGCGACCAGGUGGCAACGAAAUUGUUAUUGUUGUUAUAAGUCGAUUGGUUUACCGUAAGGGAGCAGAUUUGCUUGUUGAAGUCAUUCCGGAAGUCUGCCGGUUGUACCCCAAUGUCCGUUUCAUUGUUGGAGGUGAUGGGCCCAAACGUGUGCGCCUUGAAGAGAUGAGGGAAAAGCACUCCCUCCAAGAUCGAGUUGACAUGCUGGGUGCUGUUCCGCAUGCUUCUGUGCGAUCUGUUUUGAUCACUGGUCACAUAUUCUUGAACAGUUCUUUGACAGAAGCAUUCUGCAUAGCCAUAUUAGAAGCUGCAAGUUGUGGGUUACUGACAGUUCUACCAGACGACAUGAUUGUACUUGCUGAGCCAGAUCCUACCGAUAUGGUGCAAGCGAUCAAGAAGGCAAUAUCUCUGCUUCCUGGAAUCGAUCCUCAAGCUAUGCAUGAACGUAUGAAGAAACUCUAUGACUGGCAUGAUGUUGCAAAGAGGACGGAGAUAGUAUAUGAUCGUGCACUUAAAUGCCCCAAUCAACCUUUGCUAGGGAGAUUAUCCCGGUACCUUUCUUGUGGAUCGUGGGCUGGAAAACUUUUCUGCUUGGUAAUGACUAUUGAUUUUCUGCUGUGGCACAUGCUGAAGUUAUGGCAGCCGGAAGAAGACAUUGAUAAGGUGCCUGAUUUUGUUAUCCCCACGGGAGAGACUUCCUCUGCUUUUGAUCAGGAGUUGGAUGAUCAAUCUUCUUCCUGACUAUUGUGCAAUAUGGUGUGAUGUUUUCACCCUUUACAAAGCUGUUGUUUGAUGUCCAUUCCGGGAUUUCUGUGCGCCUCUUUCUAGUGGUAGAUAGCUUCGACCUCUGAUGUCCAAAGUCGAAGAGUGUAACAUUGAUCAUGAAGAAAUUAGAGAACAGAGUUCGUUUGUUCUUGUAAUAGAAUUAAUUGCCUUGUAAGUUGUAUCCCUUCUACCGUGAAAUGAAGUGCAUUGAUUUUCAAGCCCC